AUGGCCAAUUCUCUUCUCAAACCUUCUCUACUACGCCCCUUUGCUCAAGACCUCCGGAAUUUCACACACAACAACACCACGAUUGGCCUCAAAUUCCUUUCUUCUCUCUCUCAAACCCCUCAAUCAACCAACGAUCGGACACAAGAUUACCUCGUCCACACCAUCGGCCUCCCCAAGGAUUCAGCUCUAGCCGCUGCCAAGAAAAUCCGUCUCAAACCAACCGCAGAUCCCGACUCUGUUCUUGCACUCUUUAACGCCUAUGGAUUCACACCUUCCCACAUUGCCAGCAUCUUUAGCAAACAAUCCUGUCUCCUUCUUGCCGAUCCGGACACAACACUCAAGCCCAAGAUCGAGUUUCUCUCCAAAAACGGCAUAUCUGGUAACUUACUCGCCGACGUAAUCUGUAGGGACCCACAUAUUCUUCAUAGGAGUCUGGACAAGCAGAUUGUUCCAUGUAUUGAUUUUCUCAUAAAUUUCUUUGGGUCUACUGAUGGCGUUGUUUUGCUUUUUUCUGCCGGAGGUGGGACUCGGGUUUUGGAAACUUUUUCUGAAUCUAUGGCUCCUAAUGUCGAAGUACUGAGAGCUAAUGGUGUGCCCGAUUCAAACAUUGCUAAAAUGCUUUCUUUGCGCCCGAUUGCACUCUCCAAGGAUGUGGAACACUUUAUUGACAUUGUCGAGAAGACAAAGGAAAUGGGGUUAAAUCCUUCGAGUUUGAUGUUUAUUCAUGGGAUGUGUAUGAUUGCAUCGAUGAGUAAGGACAAAUGGUUAUCGAAAGUGCAUCUUUUUAAAAGUUUUGGGUGGUCAGAUGAGCAGUUUCGAUCUAUGUUUCUCAAGCAGCCUUUUUUCAUGAAACGGUCCGAGGAGCAUUUAAAGAGGAUGUUGGAUUUCUUUAUGAACAAAUGGGACUGGACAUUGGAAGAUGUUUCCAAGUACCCAGUUUUGCUCAAUCUUAGUCUUGAAAAGAGGGUGAUACCGAGGUCGUCUAUCGUUCAGCGCCUGAUAUCAAAAGGUUUUAUCAAGAGGAAGAGUUUUGGCAAAGCAUUGCAAAGACCCGAGCAAUGGUUCUUGGAGAAGUUUGUGAUGAAGUAUCUUUCAGAAGAUCCCCAUCUAUUAGAGAUGUACCAGGAGACGAAGAAGAAGAUGGCGAUACAAUGA